CACCAGCUGCUUAAAUCGGCUGGUGCCUGAUGCCCAAACUGCACAACAUCCUGCGUGUGUGAGCGAGCUUUGAAUGUAACAAAGGGAAGCGGGACAGGGGCCCGGGGUGCGCAGCGUCCCCUUUAAGACCGUUUUGGAAUAAUUAAUGACGUCGCGCUGUAAACACGACUGACGCUCAGCUGCGUGGCCGAAGCAUCCUCCGACCAAGAGCCCAAGACCUCUGUGUUUAUUUCACGACGGGACUACUGGGAGGCAUUAAAACAGCUGGGGUUCACCUCGACUCUCAUAUGCAGUCUCCAAAACCAAGACGACGGUGCUGCAUCUGUCCUGCUAAGUGCCAUGGCUAGAAAAACGGACAUCCCCACCUCUUACUAUGGUGAACCUCGCAAGUUUGACCCAAACUUCAGAGGGCCUGUUCAGAACAGGAGCUGCACUGAUGUGGUUUGCUGUGUUAUCUUUGUCAUUGUCAUCCUUGGAUACAUCGCUCUGGGUACCGUGGCCUGGAUUCACGGUGACCCCAGGAAGGUCGUCUAUCCAACAGACAGCCGCGGUCAGUUCUGUGGCCAGCAGAACACCCCCAAUGCAAACAAAGCCAUAUUAUUCUACUUCAACAUGCUGAAAUGUGCCAAUCCUGCAGUUUUAAUUAACCUCCAGUGCCCUACAACCCAGCUCUGCGUCUCAAAGUGCCCUGACAGAUUUGCCACUCUCCUGGAUGCAAUGAAUACCAAAAACUGGGAAUAUUACAAGCAAUUCUGCAAGCCAGGCUUCGAGAUUGGCAGUAAGUCAGUCAGAGAAGUCAUACGAGAUGAAGACUGCCCGUCUAUGAUUGUGCCAAGCAGACCUUUCCUUCAGCGGUGCUUCCCUGAUUUCAUUAGAAGAAAUGGAAUUUUAACUGUAGCCAAUCAGACCAUCUUCAAAGACGGUGAAAAUAACAAGAGAAGUGUCGACGACCUCAAAGAUGCUGCCAAAGGUAUCGCCAGUCUGCUGAAUGCCAAAGAAGUCGGCAUGAAGAUCUUCGAAGAUUAUGCAAACUCCUGGAUCUGGAUCCUCAUAGGUCUGGUGAUAACCAUGGUGGUCAGUCUGCUCUUCAUCUUGCUGCUGCGCUACACUGCUGGUGUGCUACUGUGGCUCGUCAUCUUUGGUGUCAUCGUUGCAGUGGGAUACGGCAUUUGGCACUGUUACUGGGAAUACAGCAAUCUGAGCAGAAAGCCGGGCUCCAAUGUCACCAUCACUGACAUUGGCUUCCACACAGACUUCAGCAUUUAUCUUCAGCAAAGCCAGACGUGGCUCAUCUUCAUGAUCUUGCUCUCUGUGACUGAAGCCGUCAUUGUGAUCAUGCUGAUAUUUCUGAGGUCAAGGCUGCGCAUCGCUAUUGCGUUACUGAAGGAGGGAAGCAAGGCAAUCGGCUACAUCAUGUCCACCCUCUUCUACCCUGUCAUCACCUUUUUCCUUCUGGCCAUCUGCAUCGCUUAUUGGGCUGUCACAGCAGUCUUCUUAGCAUCAUCGGGUAACGCAGUCUACAAGGUCACACCUGCUGAUGAUAAAUGCAUGUAUGCAAACCUCACAUGCAAUCCACAGACCUUCAGUAAGACCAACAUUACCAAGGUGUGCCCCGGGUCACAGUGUAUGUUCGCCUUCUACGGUGGGGAGAGUCUGUACCAUCGCUACAUCUUAGUUUUCCAUCUGUGUAACCUCUUUGUGUUCCUCUGGCUGGUCAACUUUACCAUCGCCCUGGGCCAGUGCACCCUGGCCGGGGCCUUCGCUUCCUACUACUGGGCCCUGAAGAAGCCAAAAGACAUCCCUGCAUGCCCCCUGUACUCCUCCUUUAGCAGGGCUAUACGUUAUCACACAGGUUCUCUGGCCUUUGGGUCGCUAAUCCUUUCUGUGGUGCAGAUGAUCCGAAUUGUUCUCGAGUACCUGGAUCACAAACUGAAAGUUUCUCAAAAUGCCUGCGCUCGAUUCUUGCUCUGCUGCCUCAAAUGCUGCUUCUGGUGCCUGGAACAUUUUAUCAAGUUUCUAAACAGAAAUGCGUUCAUUAUGAUGGCAAUAUAUGGGAAGAAUUUCUGCACCUCCUCCAAGGAUGCUUUCUUCCUCUUAAUGAGGAAUGUUGUUCGGGUGGCCGUCCUGGACAAGGUGACCGACUUUCUGCUGUUCUUGGGAAAACUGCUUAUUUCAGGAAGUGUUGGUGUUCUUGCGUUUUUCUUCUUCUCACGUAAAAUACCAGUUUUUCAAGAGGAGGUGCCAUCACUAAAUUACAUUUGGGUCCCCCUAUUGACGGUGAUAUUUGGAUCCUACAUGAUCGCACAUGGCUUUUUUAACGUCUAUGCUAUGUGUGUGGACACAUUGUUCCUGUGCUUUUUGUGGGAUCUGGAGGUGAACGACGGCGCUCCAGCCCGGCCCUUCCGCAUGAGCAAAACACUGAGGAAGAUCCUCCACAAGAAGAACAGAAGGAAGUAGCCCGGAAGGAGAAAGAAUAAAGGUUAACACCAAAGCAUGGUACAAACCCACGUGGCAUAUGGGAAUAAACACUUUGCCAUAUUUAAUGGAAGUGUACACAAGUUGAAGCUGUACACUAUAAUUGACAACUUGUAGCUAAGCAACAUGAAUAAUUAGAUUCACCCACACAUAGUAAUUUAUGGACUCAGUGAUAGUUUAAAAAGUGAAAAGUCUUUAUGAAUAUUUUUAUACGUGUCUAUGUAAAGGAAAUGUGUGUAUUUGUGUACGUUUUACUGCCACAUACAAUAAUGGAACAUGUAGUUGCCAAUGUUCACCACUUGGUGGUGCCAGUCGUUAGCAGAUGACCUGUACACUCUGUGCUGUUGUUGAUGCACUGCUGAGUUCCUGCCGUGAAAUGGUCAAACUUCAGCUCAUCUCUGUUCUCGCAGUUUUCCAGGUGUCUCACAUUGAGAAAAAUAUUCACCACUCAUUGCCGACUGUGUUUAUGUUUAAUUUGUUGGAACAUCUUUAUCAACGUUCUUAAAGGGAUAUUUAGCAGCAAGAGAUGUCUAACAGGUCUGGUUUAUUAGGUGUGGGUGAAGCAGAAUGACGUGUUUGUGUUUGUGUGCAGCAGGAAAUGCAGAAACUCAGAAUUCUGCAUGUGUUUUGACGUGGGCUUGUGUGUCAGUCACAAUGCACUGAAACCAGUGACAGGUAUAAAAAGUGUUAAAGUGAUAAUCUUUGAAAGUUACCUCAUUGGUGUUAGAGUCCAUUCUUACUGGAUUUAAAGGCUUCCAUCACAGGAUGAUGACGGCGGUCACUUUGAAUUAAGUGACUGUGGAUUUCCAAACUAAUCCGAGUGCCCUUGGACGCUUCCUGUAACCACGCUUACAGUUAGGGCUGUCAUGGUAUCGUAUUUUCACUGCGUGGUUAUCGUGGUCAGACUAAUCCAAAUAAAGAUAAAAAUCAUCAUCUCUGUACAGACCAUUGAAAAGCAAAUAAUGCUAUCAGUUUAAGUCAUCUUUAAUAUUGUUGUUUUUGUGUUUUGUUCCUAUUUUUAUGACACUAACCACCAGCCGAGGAGGUGGAAAGAGUCUGUACCCAGAACUGUACAAAUGAAAACAUAAAUGGCACAAUUACGUUUAAUUGAUAGUGAAAAUACAACCAUGUGACCUGAUGAACAGCAAAUCCACAAGGCUUAACGUCCGAGUUUUAACUCAUUGCUGGAUUAUUUGUGAUAUAAUCAUAUGUGUAUUAUUAAAACAGUAUCGAUAUGUAUUUUUUAAUAUAUGAUGCCUCACACAACCCCUGCUUCUCUACUGACCAUUUUUAUCUUUGAUAAGUUUAAGAAAUAUAUAAUUAGGUCCCAUUAUGUGGCAAACGUAUGUAACAUGUCUGUGGGGCAGAAGAAAACAAAUAGUAGAGGAGCUGGUUUAAAGAUGCUGGAUUGGUUUUAAUAGGUUUUAAAUACACACAAAAUAUUUGAGUCUUGUAUUAAUAACCUUAAACAAUAACAAAGUUUGUUAUUGGAGUAACAGUGUUAAGUGUUUUUGCUACUGUGUGUCCUGUUCUUGCAUGGUUGUUUGUAACACUAGUGAGUCACUCCUGUCAAAGCUGCCGUUGGACAGAUUUAUUAGAUAAGUUGGUGAGCCACAGAUGAAGCUGAUUCCUGUCUGGGAAGAAAAAGAUUUAGAGGAUUUUUGGAGAUCAGUUUGUGGCUUAAAAUUUCCCUCAGGCAUCGAUGUUAGCGAGAGCGGCUCCGCGUGUCAGCCCUGUGAUGGACUGGCGACCUGCCCAGGGUGUACACCACCUCUCUCACACCCCCAUCCUCCAGUUGUCAUCCUUGUGUUUUACUGCCAUCAACCUUUUACUAGGUUGUGCUUUUUACCAGAGUAGAUUCACGCACCGCUUAGAAAGAUGUUCGCCUUUAGAUCUUUCAGAUGUGACUCAUGUUUGUGAGUCUCUGCGCCGUGCUUGUCAAUCCUGAGAACCUGCCCUCAUGGUGCCUCUGAGUGACAACACUGCCAGACUGCCUCACACACCUCCCGCCCCUGUUGGAGCUGAGCACGCUGGGACAUGUAACAUUCAAAAAAAAAGGCAAAAAGAAAAACAACUCCUUGUGUAUCUGAAAGAAAGAAGAGAAAUGAUGCAUGUAGAGCACAGUGGGGCUUAUUACGCAUGCAGCAGGUUGUUUUUUUUUCUGUCUUUUUCUUUUUCUUCUUCUUUCUUUUCUCCACACAAAAUAACUACUGUCGGAGUUCGAUAUCUUUUUGCGUUUGUAACUCAGGUUCAGUUUCACUCCAGGUAGUGUGACUUCGUAAGAUCUGAUAAGUCAAGUAAAAGAAGUGUUUUUAUAUGCCUUCUCCUCCCUCCUGUGUCUGGAAAUUGGAUUCUUUUGGUCAACCACAGUCAGCAAGUAGACACAAGUUAAACGUCUCUCUUGGUAUAAUGCGAGACAGUUUUCUAACCACAAGCUCUUAAAAGUCAAACUCUGAAGAUGCAGUGCUCUAACCUGUCGUAAACAGACGAGCAACACUUCAGUUUUAUCUAUAUUCGCUCAUUUCUUUCUUCCAUGUAUGCAAUUAAAAGUUUCAGGUGUUUUUGUGUUAUCAACACAUGUUGCCUGUGUGUAAGUUCAUCAUUUGACAUACAGAUAUAGUUGUAUUUUAAUAAUGUUUGCUUUCAUCAAUAAAUUGUUUUUUUCUAUUUCCUAA